UGUGAAGAUAAAUAUGGUUCGCUCGUCACAAUGGUCGACUGACCUUGAUGAUUCUCCGAUUGUCAGAGUGCUUGUGCUAGUUUUAUUUUUUUACUCUUCAUCUUCAUGAUUGAAUGAAUUUAUAAAAUUUUGCUUUGUAGUUUAAGUUCUUGUUUUUUGUUUCCUUCUCUUGUCUAUUUCAAGCAUACAAGUAUAAGAUGUAAGACGCCUUCAAUAAUCAGACGUAACAUAAACACAUGACCUACUGUGCAUCUGGGUUUAAUUCUGAUUGUUAUUGAACCACAGCUCGCCCCAUUGAUGAAAUAUUGCUGCUGCUAGACGGAAGUUUUUCUCAAUUUAAUGGGAUUUCACUAAAAAAAGGCCUGGUUGCUAUGAUGAGCAAUAAGGUAGUGGAGAGCAUUUCCAAUGCUUGAUGAAACAUUCGACAAUAUGUCGAGCCUGAGCGGUUAGCUGAGCAAGUAUUUAACCUCUGUUUUUCAACUUUGCUUUCUUGAUAUAUUUUAAAUAAAAUUUGGCUACUUUCCCCAUUGGAAUGGUCUGCCCUGACAAUUGCUUUCACUUGUUUUAUACUUGAGGACUGUGAAGAUAAAUAUGGUUCGCUCGUCACAAUGGUCGAUUGGCCUUGAUGAUUCUCCAAUUUCUGAGUCUUACACUAGUACUACUUUUUCGUAUUCAUAUUCUUGAUUGAUCGAACACAUUCUUGUUUUCAAGCAUGCUAGCAGAAGAUGUAAGAUGCCUUUGAUACUCUGAUGUAACACACCACGAUCUAUGGUGCACCUGCGCUUGAUUUUGAUUUUCUUAAUUGCUGUUUGCCCCAUUGAUGAAAUAUUGCUGCUGCUUGUAUGCUGGAAUCUGUACCAGCUGAUCUCGAUGUCUGUGAUAACUUGAUUAUUAUUGUGAACCUGCAGUUUGACUCAGAGGACACAAUUUCCCUUGUUAUAUAUGGAAGUGGAGCUCUACUCGCUUUGUGGUUGACAUCAGCUGUUGUCAGUGCCGUUGAUUCCAUUCCCUUGUUUCCUAAGCUGAUGGAAGUUGUGGGACUCGGCUACACUUUCUGGUUCACUACCCGCUAUUUGCUGUUCAAGAAAAACAGGGAAGAGUUGGUUGCGAAAAUUGAGGAGCUGAAGCAACAGGUCCUUGGCACAAAAGAUGAUUGAACAAACCAGUUCUUCAGAAUCAUGUUUUCGUUUAGAGUUUCACAACUUCGUAUAAAUAGCUAGCUAUCAGUAGAGAUACAUGUUUGUGGGAGGGUUCUUAUACUAGCCUUUCACAUUAUAGUUAUAUCUGUCGAUAAUAAAAAUAGAGUUUGUUUCUCGCCAUAGCAAUUAUACAUAGUUUUGUUUCCUCACCCAUCUGCCACCUUGUAUUUGGUCUCAUUGACCUCCCAGUGUUUCAUGUGCUCACUCGUGGUGGUUAUUAUACGCUGAAAUGUAAAGCUGAAAGAGCGUAAAUGUUGAUUGUUUCCUAUAAUUUUCGAGUAAUAAUGUCGUCCGCAACUUGGUGUCGUGAA